GGCAACAGAUGACCUUUGUAAGUUUAUUGCCCUGAACCCUUUCAAGCAUCGUGCUAUCGUGCUCUAGUGUCGCUCAUACUCCUAUAGGUUCUCGCUGCUGCCAUAGUUGUGGUAUUCUUUGCAGGACUGGUCAAGCUAUGGUGGUUGAGUAGAUACCUCAAGAAGCAUACAGUACUUGAUUUAGAAAAGAGAGCUAGGCAAAUGGAAAUGGCGAAGACCGGCCUUCCUGCGGGCAAGCGAGUCGAUAUUCCUUUCGGUAUACGCGCGAUACAGAGUGGCGUAGAAGUUGACGGCAUCUGGAUCUCGUGUCCUGGUACUCCCACAGAGGUCGGCCGAAUCAGUCCAUCAUUCGCAUCCUCGUCAACUCUCGAGACCGAAACCAAAUUAAAGGGAAAGGAGAAGGAGUCGACUGCGACAAACACCGACGUCGAACCAACACCCGAACAAAGCCCACAGCCAAGCCCUGCCCUCAGCGCGUUGCAACGGCAUACCCUUCCUGGAGCCGACCCUAGCCAUCCUCGAGUCUUUCCUUUGAGCGCACAGUCUACCUAUCGACCAAAGGGCCCGUCUCAUCGUAGGACAGAUAUCACCGCUGACGAUAUCCCUGACGUCGACUUACUAGACCGACCCGAGCGCAACUUGAUGAGACAUCAACAAGUCGAAACUUAUAUCCCGACAAACUCGUUUUCCAGCGGAGAAUCCUCGGAGUCUUCGCAACAAAGGACGAUGGUAGAACGCAGCUCAACGUCAUCGGAUGAGGGUGCCCGCCAUUCAAGCUCGCGUUAUGUAUCUCAUCUUCGACGUUCCGCCAUAACUACACCUCAGGCCUUCAACUCGUCCGAUAGCUCAGAGCCGCCAGCAUCUCACGUGGAUUUCUUUGGCGAAUAUACCGAGCAGAGAAGAAAUCCGUUCGAAACGCCUUCUGAAAAGCAACAAGUUCCUCGACCUCCGCUAGCUGCAAGCAGACCGACACCCCAUCGAUCAUACUCGGGCGACUCUCACGCAAACACGGCUAGUAGGAAAGUGAAUGCGGGAUUCGAAGUAUUACCUGCUGGAACUUUCAGUCGGUCCAAUAGUCAAAACGAGAUGGAAGACAGCCAGUCGAGGAGGCAUAGCAAUAAUAAAAUUCAGAAAAAAAGUCGCGAUCGCACAUCAAGAGAUAGGACUGAGAUGAGGUGACGAUGCACUGUACAUACGGGGUGUAGAUAGAGAGGAAACGAUGAUGUUUAAACAUUGCGCAAGCGGUUUCUAGAACGUCGUUGCUCGAGCCUCUAGCCACAUACCAUAGCGGAAGAAUGUAGAUAGCAUUUUGCUCAAGCGAUUCUAGAAGGUAGUUACAUCAAGACGGGACGGAAUGGGCUGGCAUCGAUAUUGGCGUUUAUAGAAGGAAUGGAAGGGGAAGCGGAAAAUCUCACAGAAUAAUUAACUGAAAUCUUCUGAAUACCGGGCGCAAAACGAGUGGGGGUGAGAGAGGGAACACUCGCUUGCUGCGCUGGAGCGUUAUGGGGCGUAUACAUAAUUAAUUCGAAGCGUUUGAUCGUGGAAUGUAUGUGUGAUGUCUUAUUCUCUGAAGUUGGUGACUGGCUUAGAUAAAACGGGGGUUGCCGAGAUGACGCGGCGAAGUUAGUAAGUUCUAAGGUUGUGUAUAACCUAAAUCCCCACAUCAUAUGCUGUUGAUCAUCACCAUCGAGUAACACAUACGAGAAUUUAUAAGCAGUCACAUGGAUGAGAAG